CAGGGGCUCUAAGCUGAGUUAGUCUGGGUAAGGAGUUUGGCAUGAAUAAGAAGAGAAAAACAGAAAAAAAGAGAGAGAUGCUGAGACUUUGGGGAUGAAGAUGUAGGCCUUUUGGAGAAAGGGAAUGAUACCUGCCCUCUAUUCUCUCCCUUCCCUUUAUUGUUCUCCCCCCCAGAAAAGAUGGUUCUGGCCAGGACUCUAGUUCUCCAGCUACUCCUGGUACCAGCUCUGACCUUCCUCUCCUUCUCAUCGUCUAAAGUCAGAAAUUUCCGUACUCUGCACGUUGACUUUCCCAAGGUUACAUUUGCGAAUGAGUUCCAAGGCUACUGCAAUGGUCUGAUGUCCGUUGUUCGAGGAUACAGAUAUGAUAGGCACUGCCCCUGGACCCACUAUGUGCUGCACGCGCCCUGGAGCCAAAUAAGUAAAAACUGCAAGGAACCUGACAGCUUUUGCCAGGACUUCAGUGAGUACUGCUCUCUCAGCCAAGAUGCUUUUUUUCUUACCACCUGUUCACGAGUGACCUUGGAGCCGCCCACCACCUGCCAGUACAAUGAAACCACUUCCACUCAACGGGUCUACCUACUUUGCAACAGAAGAUUUAAUGGGGAACCCAUAUAUAUCAUUGGUCUCCUUGAGAAGUAGAAUUGGGAGGGAACCAAGUGGUAGGGGAAACCUAGAUUCCUAUCCCUGGCAGAACAAGGGGCAGGCUCUUGUUCCCUGAUUGGGGAAUGUAAGUCUUCCCCCUGCCCUCUGUAUCCCUCCUAUGACAGCAAUGCAGGCUGAGCCAGUUUCCAGGAAACUAGAUCAUUUAGCAAAGUCUCCAAGGGCUCCAGACCACUCCCCAUGGUCUCUACAUGAAUAACAGAUAAGUUACCUUAUAGACCAAAAAGAAAUUGCCCUAUUACCUUUUAAACAAGUCCAAUCCUAUGCCCUCUUGCCAA